AUGGCAAAUGCCGCAGCAUCUGCGCUGAGGCAGGCAUCGCGCCUUGGCCUUAGGCAAACCCUUUCAUCGUCCGCACGAGCUACUCCCACUCUAUCGAGAGUGGCUGCCAUAGCUCCGAGUCGAGCUUCGAGGAGGAGCUAUGUGUCAGAGACUAAACAGCAAAAUGCGCAGGUCAAUGUCGAGACUGCUAUCAAGCUGGACAAGAAGGAUUUCAUGAACGAGAAAGGCGAGAUGAUCAUGCCUGGCAUGGGCAGCGCUGUCAGCCCAGCCGGCAGCCCCGUUGCCGAAGUUCUGAGUCAGGCAACCAUCCUAGAAGGCCAGCGGCCCAUCUAUCUCGACAUGCAGGCGACCACGCCUGUCGAUCCAAGAGUACUCGAUGCCAUGCUACCUUUCUACGUCGGUCUCUACGGAAACCCGCAUUCGAGGACACAUGCCUACGGAUGGGAGAGUGAGAAGGCAGUAGAGGAGGCUCGUGAGCACGUUGCCAACCUCAUCGGUGCCGACCCUAAGGAGAUUAUUUUCACAAGUGGUGCUACUGAAAGCAACAACAUGAGCAUCAAGGGCGUUGCAAGAUUCUUUGGCAGAUCAGGCAAGAAGAAGCACAUAAUCACAACCCAAACAGAGCACAAGUGUGUAUUGGAUAGUUGCCGGCAUCUGCAAGAUGAAGGCUUCGAGGUUACUUAUCUCCCAGUGCAAAACGAUGGCUUGGUCGACAUGAAGCAGCUAGAAGAGGCCAUUCGUCCCGAGACCGCCAUCGUCUCAAUCAUGGCCGUUAACAAUGAGAUUGGUGUGAUCCAACCACUCGAGCAGAUUGGCAAGCUCUGCAGGUCCAAGAAGAUCUUCUUCCAUACAGAUGCUGCUCAGGCUGUGGGCAAGAUUGCUAUGGACGUCAACAGGAUGAAUAUUGACCUGAUGUCCAUCUCAUCACACAAAAUCUACGGACCCAAGGGUAUCGGUGCCUGCUACGUUCGCAGAAGGCCAAGAGUCAGACUCGACCCCAUCAUCACUGGAGGAGGACAAGAGCGUGGUCUUCGCAGUGGUACCUUGGCGCCGCCUCUGGUGGCUGGCUUUGGCGAGGCUUGCCGCAUCGCCAAGGAAGAACUUCCGUAUGAUACCAAGCGCAUCAAGGCUCUUUCCGACCGCUUGCUCAACGGCCUUUUGGCUUUGGAGCACGCCACACAGAAUGGUUCCCCGGACCACUUCUACCCGGGUUGCGUCAACGUGUCAUUUGCGUACGUUGAAGGCGAGUCACUCUUGAUGGCACUGAAGGAUAUUGCGCUCUCAUCAGGUAGCGCAUGUACAUCUGCGUCUCUGGAGCCUAGCUACGUUCUCCGGGCACUUGGCAAUAGCGAUGAAAGCGCACACAGCAGUAUCCGAUUUGGCAUUGGUCGUUUCACCACGGAAGCCGAGAUUGAUUACGUGCUCAAGGCCGUACAAGAACGUGUCACGUUCCUCCGCGAGCUGAGUCCGCUGUGGGAGCUUGUACAAGAGGGCAUCGACCUCAAUACCAUUGAAUGGAGUCAGCAUUAA